AUGGAGAUUUGGUGGAAGCCCUCUUUGGACAAGAUGGGUGAUCAUGAACAACAAGCUACUGGUGUUGGUGGUUGUGAUGGGCUUGAUGACUCUAGUCCUGACUUUGAGUUAUCCCUGUCCUCCCAGCACCAGCAAGAUGUUGUUGGUGAGGAGCCUGUGGCUGUGGAUGUGGGCUCAUCUCAGCCCUCUCAACAGCAACAAGCUGAUGCAACUACUGCUGCCACUGGAGGUAAUCCAGUAGUAGUAGAAAAAAAAAGAAAGCAGAUACCGGUAAGAUCUAAGGUUUGGGACCAUUUUGAGCGCAUUGUUGAUGAAUAUGGGAAAUUGCUUAUGGCUAAAUGUAUAUAUUGUGCUAGAGUAUAUCACUCUGACACUAAAUUGAAUGGCACUUCCACACUUAGAGCACAUAAUAUGGCAUGUCUUAAAAACCCUCAUAGUAAAGACACUAGGCAAUCUCUGUUAACUUUACAACCUGCUGUGAAAUUUGAUGAAAAUGAAGGGAAGGGUCAGUUGGGAACAUGGAAGUUUUCACAGGAUGCUGUUAGGGAUGCAUUGUCUUACAUGAUUAUUGUUGAUGAACUACCUUUCAGAUUUGUUGAGGGUUUGGGUUUUAAGAAAUUCAUGCAUGCUGCUUGCCCUAGAGUCAAAGAGUUAGUAUAA